AUGGUCUCCCCUCAUGCUAAAGUUCAUGAAUGGCUCAUGAAAAGUCCAGAUCCACCGCGUCAGGCUAGAGAACGAACGGUUGCUUCUCCAAGAUCACUUCCAAAGCCAUGUCUACAGUAUACGCCUCCCCGUCACGAAGCAAGUCUUCAGUCAUCAUCUAUGGUCUGCAAAGCUGUGACAAGCAAAGCAGUCUCUGAGAACAGUCUCGACACGCAUCAACGUGACAUCGUCGUGAAGGACGACAAGGACGAACGCGGCCAUCCACUUGAAAUCAUUGAUGAAAACCAGGGAGACCAAGUCGAGGAAGAGGGGCACGGCGAUGACUGGGUUCAUCUGGACUGUCUUCCUUCAACUUCUAUAUGGGAAGAUGCAAUGAUCCUGUUUCUAUGUACGGUACAUUGGCUGACUGUUAUGGCGUUGGUGUGCUUCCUGGCCGGACUUAUAAUCGUCUGGACUACAGGCUACAAACUUGGCUUACGAACUCACAGCCAAAAGAUGUGA